GAGCUGGUUAAGUUUCGAUUUCGUUUCCUCACAGGCUUGCACUCACUCACUGUCUGUGGCGCACUUUCUUCACAAGCCUGUUAUUUGUGUUCUUCUCUGCAGAAUAACUUUCUCCAUUAUGGCUUCCAUCGUCUCUUCCCUCGGCAGUGAGAAGGAGAUGAGGCUGCAGAGGUUUUUCUCCAGUCCUGUUCGUUUUCAUCUUCUGUACAAGAGCAGUCAUCAUGGGGCCACUGUCAAUCAGCUCCUCUCCAGCUUCGACAACUCUGGCAAAUUUCUGCUCUCAGUGUUUCUGCAGUCAGGGUCAGUCAGAGGAGCUUUCACGAGUAAAUUCCUGAGACAUGGGACUGAGUUUUCUGACACAGAGGCAUUUGUGUUUGAGAUGGAUGAGAAUGAUGCCAAAUAUUUUCCAGUGAUAAACCCUGCAGAAGCUAUCAGGAUCAGCACCCAACAAGCUUCGGUUAAACUCAAAGGGCUCAGGCAUGAAAUUUCUCAGAGUUCAAGUUCUAUCUCUUUUGGAAGCUGCUUAAACUUCAAGUUGGAUAAUGGCUUCUGGUAUGUGAGCUUCUGCACAGAUGAGACCUUUGGCACGACAUGGGCACAGGAGAAAAACAUUCACUGUGUAGAUGUGGAGCUGCACCGAGUCCAAGAUCUGGUCGAAUUUAUGCCGACCCCUUGGAGAGAAGUGUCCUGGACAGAUCCAGCAAGGGAAAGCCUGAGGCAGGAGUUUGUCUCUUACAAGCUGCCGAAGAACUAUCCAAUGUCACGAGUGAAGGCGUUGCUCUUGGGCCCGGUGGGUUCUGGGAAAUCCUGCUUCGUCAACUCUAUCAGAUCCACCAUGUACAAGCGGAUCGUUCACCUGCCCAACGUCGGCACGGCAAAAAACGGGUUCACCAAGAAGCUGAAUAUCUAUAAUAUCAAUGGAGAGAAAGGAGGUUCUCCAACUGUUCUGAGUCUCUGCGAUGUGAUGGGAAUAGGAGACGAUGACUCUACCGGUCUCUCUUUCUCAGAUGCACUGGCUGUCAUCAAAGGCCACGUCCCAAAAGAAUACAAGUUCCAGCCUGAUGUUCCUGUCACUGAUGCAGUCAGUGGCUACAUACCAAACCCUUCCCUAAACGGGCAGGUUCACUGCGUCCUGUUCGUGCUUGAUGCCGUCAAAUUGACAUCAUACCCCAGCAGCCUGAAAUCCACACUCAGAAAGCUGCACACCACCAUAUCAGACCUGGGAAUCCCUCAGCUGAUUUUGCUCACUCAUGUGGAGCAGGUGUGUCCGACCGUACAGGAGGACUUGAAGUAUGUCUACUCCAGCCGAACUGUGCAGGAUAAGAUGCAGAAAGCAGCCGAGUUGGUGGGAUUGCCAUUGUCCUACGUUCUGCCGGUGAUGAACUAUGUUUCCCAGCUGAAAGUGGACUGCAACACCGACAUCCUGCUCCUGAGUGUGGUUAUGAACAUCCUACAGGCUGUGGACGACACAUUUGAGGACCGGUAUCCCUCAAUUAGACCAAUUAGUAGUCAGAAACUCGAAGACGGUGACAUAUAAUUUGUAUGUUUAUAAUCUAAAUGAUUCUUAUCCCAAAAAAAUAAUUGUGUAUCAUUCCUGACAUUGUUAUAAAAUGACUGUAUUCAUGAUUUUGUACUUAUGUUGACAUAUCGUUUUAUUUCACCUUCUUGGUCCUUCCUCCGCUUUUAUCCCUAAUUGGCUUCUUUCACUAAUAUGCUCAUCAGCUUCCUAUAAACUCUCAUUUAUCUCCGUGUGUAUAUACGGUAUACAGUAUACUAGCUCAUGAUCCUGUAUUCUUUGUAAGGUUUUGAUUUCAGAUGCCAUUUCAUUUGGAUUUCGAAUGCUUAUUCUUUCUUUUUGAUUGUUGUAAUAAAGCUCCUCACACCGGA